AUGAGCCUCGCUCGCCUGCCCAGAGAGCUGGUUUUGAUCAUCGCCGAGUUUCUCGAUUGCCAGCAUGCCAUCAAUGCUCUGGCACGAACCAGCCGGCUAUUUUUCGCCCAGCUCAACCAUUUCCUUUACCGGUACCACGUGGCACACCAUAUCCCAGCCCCCGCCUUGACAUGGGCCGCAAGGCACGAUAAGUCUGACGUGCUGAAGAAGCUCCUUGGCGCGGGAGCCGAUCUCUAUUGUCGGUCCUUAUGGGGAGGCCGACCCUCACGGGACCGUGGGUCCAAGUCGGGCCCUUCGCACAGACACCCGAUAUUCAUAGCAACAGGAGAGGGUCAUACCGGAUUUAUCGAAGCCUUGCUUGACGCGGGAAUGAGUGAUAGGUUAACGCAGUCCGAUUACAAUGCCAUUCUAAUACGUGCCGCCGCACGAAAUCACGUCAACGUUGUCAGAAUGCUCCUGGCACGAGGGAUAAAUCCAUGGUCCCCUGGUGGGGCGAUGCGCGAGGCUGCCCGCUGCGGGUACACCGUGAUAGUGAGAGUAUUGUUAUUGGAUGCUGAGCAGCGGAAGUAUCGACCUCCAUUCUUUGAGUACCCGGAAAUCUGCGAGGCCCUGGUGGAGUUACUGGACAACCCGGAGCCCGGACAUGAGGAGACGGUGAGCAUGCUGCUGACUGCGGGGGUCGACGGCAAUUUCCGAGGGAGGGAUAGGCAUACAUCGCCCUUGGGCAUUGCAGCAGGACGGAGACAAGUCCAGAUGUGUAGGCUCCUUCUGGAGGCAGGAGCGAACCCAAAUCUCGCCAAUAGUGACACGCAGGGACCCCUGGCCCGAGCUGUGGGACAAUGGCUCGGGUCCCCGUCGCAAGGUCACAAAUAUCCUUCGCAGGAGGUCAAGAAUGCCAUGAUGGAGGUGGUCUGCCUACUGUUCGAGUACGGCGCCGAUCCUGCUCGGGCUGGGGGUGGUUGGGCGUUGCACCGCGCCUUGCAUAUUCGUCAUUACGAGAUGGCACGAUUUCUGAUUGACAAGGGAACCCGGUUACGAAUUCCUGGAUUGAAACCUUGCGAUCAGGCGACGUUGGACCGAGCGGUGACAAAGUACGAUUAUGAGACGGUGAUGAGUCGUACACCGUUGGGCUGGUCGGUGGCUAGCCUGGGCCCGAGAAGAUACAUGAGUGCAAAUCGCAGGCCAGCGAUGAUGGCCGCGCCAUUGGAUGAGGUGCCGCUGUGGCGCAAGGGAGAUAACAAUACCAUAAAUGAACGAGGAGGAAUCAACUACGUCUAA